GGAUGUAGAGUGAGAACUGAGAAACUAGACUUUUGUUCAUUAUCGUCCGCUGCUGCCUUCACAUAUGUAUAAGAUGCUGCAGCAGAAGGACAAAGCCCAUGAUGCCUUUUCUUCAUACUAGCUUUGGUAUCCGUGCUCAAGAUAGAGAGAUAUAGAGAUGCAGAUUUGUUUUGUUAUUUCUGCCUUCUUCAUUUGAAUAUCUUCUUUUCUUCUCAACUUAUUGCUCAAUGGAAGACAAGAGUUGGCUGGGCUUCUCUCUAUCUAGUUCGAACUUUUCGAAUGAUCAGCACAGCCAUGAAGGAGGAGGAGGAGGAGGAGGAGGAGGAAGAGAAGCUCCUUCUUCUCAUGGACAUCUCUAUGCUCUUCCUCUGCUUUCUGAUGGAUCUGUCUGUACUCUUUUGGAGCAAGAUUGGAGAUGUAGGAGUCACUCCGACCAAAGAAUGGUUGGUCCAAAGCUGGAAAAUUUCUUGGGUGGAUAUUCAGAGAGCUCCAUUAAUGAAGAUAGUCAAAACACUGUUGAAACAAUCUUUUACCCUCACCACCAAUUCCAAUCGUUUGACCAAGCUCAGAACAUCAAGGCAGAAUUCCUCAUAUCCAGUUCUAACUCCAUUGACCCAAUUUACAAUACUGGUCUAGAUGGUUCAACCUCUAUAUCAGAGCUCAAAUCAUGGCUCCGGCAGAAUCCUCCACCUCCACCACCGGAGACUCAGGUGGCCCUUUCGAUUCACCAUGACAAUAACUUCGAGGAUGGCCAACAUGGCACCGUAGUUUUGAAAUCAGUUGCUCGUAAAUCCAUUGAUAAUGUUGGACAGAGAACCUCUAAGUAUAGAGGUGUAACUAGGCAUAGGUGGACAGGAAGAUAUGAAGCCCAUUUAUGGGAUAAUAGUUGCAGGAAAGAAGGGCAGACAAGGAAGGGAAGGCAAGUUUACUUGGGUGGGUAUGAUAAGGAGGAAAAGGCAGCAAGAGCAUAUGAUCUAGCUGCGCUUAAGUAUUGGGGUCCAACAACUCAGAUAAACUUCCCAUUGAGUGCUUAUGAAAGAGAGCUCGAAGACAUGAAGAACAUGACGAGACAAGAAUUUGUCGCCCACUUAAGAAGGACAAGCAGUGGGUUUUCCAGGGGUGCUUCUAUCUACAGAGGAGUGACAAGGCAUCACCAGCAUGGAAGAUGGCAAGCAAGGAUAGGGAGGGUUGCUGGCAACAAGGACUUGUACCUUGGAACAUUCAGCACUCAAGAGGAAGCUGCAGAAGCAUACGACAUCGCCGCCAUCAAAUUUCGCGGCACGGGUGCGGUGACAAACUUCGACAUUAGCAGAUACGACGUCAACCGAAUAUGCUCGAGUUCCAGCCUCUUCUGCGGCAAUCUGCUUCGACGAUCCGGAGCCGAUACCAUGGAAGCCAUGGCUACCAUUUGUUCGAGCUCUGAAUGUGAACAAAUCCCUGAAACUCCUGGUGGUUCAGAUGACAACAGGAGCGAGUUCUCAGUGUUUCCUCAAUCUUUGUUUGGGGUUCCAGUGAUUCUAUAAGGUGGUUCUUUUAUGUAAUAAUGGGUGGGGAGAUUGUUAUUAAUGUAAAGAUACAAGUGUUAAGUUCCUGUUAUUGAUGUGCAAAUGGUAAUGGUUUUUUUUUUUUUUUUUGUGUAAAGUUUGAUAUAAGGUGAACAUGAAAAACUUAAAUUGAAUAUGUU